CGUAUCAAAACACGGAAGUUCUGGAAAAGGCGGUGGGCCAAACGCGUAUGUGUAAUACUUAUUAACAGCGAAAACUAGUUCCAAAAACAUGUUUUAAUAUAUGAAUGUUUUCCCGGAAAUAGUGUAAAGCUUUCAAUGUGUUUUUAUUUGUUUUCGUACGCUAGCUGCUGUGUUAGCGCGCUAGCUAGCAGCUGUGCUAGUGAAAGAUAGCUGGAGUAAAACAUGCAGAACGUGUUCCGAACCGGGUUUCUGGUCCGAGCCACACACACCCUCCUGACAUGGGUCAUUACCCUCAUACUGUUCCUACAUAACACUGAUUUGCGUAAAUAUGAGGAGCGCGGAGAGCUGCUGUUGCCAGCGUUCUUCUUCCUGCUCGUCAUGCUGUCAGUACUGUUGUACUUCGCAGUCUCAUUAAUGGAUCCUGGCUUUGUUCUGGCUGACACAGUGAAGGGCGGUCAGGGUUCGGAUGAAGAAAUGGAGUCGAUGAUUCCUCAGUCGUUGACCCCUCGGUUGCGACGCUGUGGCUACUGUCUGCUGCAGCAGCCAAUGAGAGCAAAGCACUGUCAGACAUGCAAACGCUGCGUGCGGCGCUUCGACCAUCACUGUCCCUGGAUCGAGAACUGUGUGGGGGAGAGGAACCACCGCUGGUUCGUCGUCUACCUGCUGGUGCAGCUGCUGGCUCUGCUUUGGGCUCUACGCAUCGCACUGUCGGGCAUUUCUCCCAGUGUUUCCUGGGAAACGUGGUUCAGAGUGAACGGGUUUCUGCUGGUGGCGCUGGCCGUGAUCGGGGUUUCCUCUGUGGUCGUGGCGCUGCUGGUGGGCUCCCACCUCUACCUGGUCUCAGUCAGCUGCACCACCUGGGAGUUCAUAUCGCGCCACAGGAUAUCGUAUCUGAAGAACUGCAGAGACGAGGAGAACCCGUUUGACCGCGGCGUUCUCUGCAACCUGUGGGAUUUCUUCUGCAUCUGCAGGACAGUGAUGUGGGAGCAGGUCUACCAGAGGAGCACCCUAAACCCAGUCUGACCUCAUUUAGACUUUUGCAUUGAUGAUACAUGUUGAAAUUAAAUAAUUUUUAUCUGUUUUAUAGCUUUGGAAGAUGUGUAAGUUAACAUGGAUUGAUGGGAGAAAACCAAACGUUGAACACAAACCUUUGACUGUGUUUACAUUUAAGUCCAGCACACGUCAACACCACCAGCUAGUGUUGGUGUUUAACCACUUGAACCCGGACAUUUAAGAAAUGUCAAGCUGUUGGUACAAGACUUUUGACAAGUGCACGCUCAGGACAGUGUUUACUCAAACUAAAUGAUACCCUGAUGUCCUGAUACUUCAUCUAGCAUCAUUUCACUCACUCUGGUCUUUGUUUUGUAGUAACUAAAAGGUGUAAAACCAAACACUAAAGCCGCUGAAUGUAUCCAACAAAAUGGCUGUAGAAACAAACGAAACCUCUUCCAUGUGAUAGAAGCUGUGUUUUUACUCCGGUCUGGACUCACUGCUUCUGCAAAUAUUGACGACACAUUUUACAACUAACUGCCUGUAAAUCUGUGAAAGUCUCUGUGCUGGUGAUGUACAGUACUGUCUAAAAUGUUUUCUUUAUUUAAUGGCUGGAAUUUGGAAAAAAAGUGUAGUAAUUUAUUCAGACAUAAAAACAUGUCUGAAAAUACAGUAUUUAAGGCAAAAUUCCCACAUUUAGUUCCAUUCUGAUGAGCUUGAAAGUGAAUUUGGUCUGAGUAGCUUUACAUUAGCUUUGUAAAGACAAGCUAAUGUAAUGUAAGCUAAUGUAAACAAAAAUCAAAGAUUAAUAACAGAAAAAAUGAAUAUAUCAUUACCAAUUAUCCUUCUAUUGGUAUCCAAUCACUUUACUAAAACAUGUUUCAGUAAAGUGAUUAGAUACCAAUAGAAGGAGACCUACAGCGAGUAGGUAAAAUGCUUCAUUCUGAGAGAAUAAAACAUUUUUCCUACUUGCUGUAGGUCUACAUACAUGACAGCUGCCAUGUUGGUUUCACCAUUUUUACUACAUUGUCUCUAAUUGGACAAACCACUAUGUGUGUAAAGUAAAAACCCUCUGAGGGUUAAAACUGCUGUACCAGCUUUGUGGGACCACUGUUCGGGAUAAGUAACACCUUGAAAGGACCAUAGAAGAAGACGGUACACAUGUUCACUGUUAGUUACCUGCAGUGCAGUCAUCGCAGCACCUGAGGCCACUGGACCCACUCACAGAAUAAAACGUGCUCAUGUCUGGAAGAAUUUUGGCCACUGAUGACCACCGUACAUUCACAGCUGUGUUUGGCAUUUGAAGUCACGGCCAUGUUCGUCUUUAAGUAGUCUUCAGGAAUAGUUCUCCAGAUUCCUGGAAGCACUCCCCGAAGUUCUUUUUCUUCUGUUCUCUGUCCAGAUGAUCCCACACUGCUUCAGUCAUGUUGAGGUCCUGGUUCUGGGGAGGAUCCAUCCCUCCAUCAGACCUGUUGAGGUCCAGGUUCUGGGGAGGAUCCAUCCCUCCAUCAGACACCAUUUCCACUGAUCUUCAGUCCAGUUCUUGAGUCAUGUGACCUACCUGAGCCUUUUCUCCCGGUUUCCUUUCCUUAAGAACGGCUUCUUGACAGCCACGUUUCCAUGGAGACCGUUUCUGAUGAGGCUUUGGCUAACAGUAGGUGGCUCAGCUGAAGGUCCAGAUGCAUCUCUCAGGUCCUGGUUCAGGUCUUUGCUGGGUUUGUUCCUAUUUCUCCAGGACAUCACUUUCAGAUUCUGUUCCUCUGCUGUAGAUAGUUUUUAGUCCUGAGUCUUCUUCUUUUGUCCUCCACGUGUCCAGUUUCGUUAAAUGUUGCUGAGCUUCGCCACAUUUUCAGCCGACAGCUCUUUGGGAACCACACUGCUGCUAAAAUCCUGUUUCAUGUCAAACUGUUAUUUCUGUUGGUUUUUAUCGGUGGAACUAAAGAAAAGGGAACAAACGAUGUGUUUGAGACGGUCUGCUAAUAACAAAGAGCCUUAACAGACUAUUGUUGUCUGUUUUGUAUCGACACAACACUGGUUUGUCCCUUGAGGAGCCUUUUUUAUGCUGGAAUGAAUCAUGGGUCAGAGUUAAGUAGUUUAAACAAACAAACAAAAAACACCUUUCUCUGAAAACAGUUAGGAAGAAGGACUGGACUGGAAAUGAGUGAAAAAUUAACCAAGUUCCCAAGAAAAACUUAGAAAGACCUUCAGAAAGCUGGAAGACCUUUUCCCAACAUUUAUUAAACAGAUGAGGGCUGAUUGAAGUACUGUAAAUUAUUUAUUGU